CUUCCUUAUCCAUGUCUAUAGAUCUUUGACAUAAGGAUCCAAUUCAUCAAACCAAGAAAAACCUUCAAAAAGCCAUGAAAGAUCACAAAAGAUUAGCCAAAAGGGGUGAUGUCUGUUCACUUCCGAAGACCCAUCAAGAGCUUGCCAACUUGUUCCAAUCUAAAACUUCAGGCCACUGGCUAACCAGGACAUGGCCAAGUGAGCACAGGGCAGCGUGACAAGUGGAUCCGAAUCCGCACAAAGGCAGAGUCCUUGUCCUAACCAUCAAAACAAAAUGAAAUCAUCAAAAUGAUGUCACUCUUUGAAUUCUCAUCUGACCAAGGCCGCCAUGCCCACGAAUGCCUUUGACUCACGUGUGCAAAUUUUGAUUUUCGGAGGAGGUGGGGUCCUAUUAACGACCACACAACUUUCUAAAGAGUGCCCACCAAAGUUCAUCCAACCUUGCCCACUUUCCGAUUCCCCCCCUAUCACCAUCUCCAUCGAUUUUAGCUUUUCCUCCCCUUUGAUCAUGUGAACUCCACAUUUUGUUUAUUUUGAAUGCCACAGUGUUCACUCCCCCCACCUUCACGCCUAUAUAUACAAAUCACACGAAGGCCACAACCUUCAACUUCAUGUGACCACAGCAGCUCACUUUCUUGAUCUGCUCCUCUUGAUUUCUUGGUCAAAAGAACUGAUAGAAUUCAACGUACACUGCAUCAUGGAUUGGGAUUCUUCUCCUUUCCAGUACCCGAGUUUAUCGGAGUUCUCCACUGAUUGUUCUUCCUUCAAUUCUUCAGAAUCUCACCACUUCUCGCUCGGUUACGACCCCGGUGCUGCUCUCUUUGCCCCGUCGUCGCUUCCUUUCAACGAGAACGACUCCGAAGAAAUGCUCCUCUACGGAGUCAUCACCGCGGCAACGCAGGACUACUCCGUGGACACCAUCUCUUCCUCGCACGCCGCUAGAGACCACGAGGAAGUGAACUCAAGGUCGGGAGACGUCAUCAGCCCGGACGAGAACGAGGGCGAGCCUGCCAGGGAGGCCUCGUACCGUGGGGUGCGGCGCAGGCCGUGGGGGAAGUACGCGGCGGAGAUAAGGGACUCGACCAGGAACGGGGUCCGGGUCUGGCUUGGGACGUUCGACACGCCCGAGGAGGCCGCCCUGGCCUACGACCAGGCCGCGAUCGCGAUGAGGGGCCCGCUGGCCGUGCUCAACUUCCCUCCGGAGGUGGUCUACAAGUCCCUCCGAGAAAUGGGGGGCCACCACAACAACGACAGCGCCGUCGUCGGGCUUCAGGAGGGCGGCUCGCCGGUUCUCGCCCUCAAGAAGAGGCACUCCAUGAGGAGGAAGUCCGAGAUGAAGAAGAAGAAAGAGAAGGAGCUGAUGCUGAAGAAUGCGGUGGUGCUGGAGGAUCUUGGAGCUGCUUACUUGGAGGAGCUCCUCAAGAUAUCCGAAGACCCUGGCCCUUGGUGAUGCAAAACUCCAUUCUAACUUUCACUUGCAAGAAUCUACGAGUUCUGUGCUGUCAAAGUAUUAUAGCUGAGGAGCAAUUCCUAGAUUUUAAUCUCUUCCCCAUCUUGUAAGCUUGAUUGUGAAUCCGAGUUCUUCCAUGGAUAAAGCUGAGAUGAAGCUCAUGAUUGAGAGAGUGGGAGGUAACUUAAAGUGGCAUUUACUAUUCUUGUAGGUCCUGCAAUUUUUGUCGACAAAGACGAGAGUGGGCCACCUUUUCUUUUGUCUUUAUAUGCUAUGUGUGGAUGGUUUAAUGAUAAUACAGGCUACUGCAUGACAUUGAUUCUGACCGUUGUGACAGUUAUAGGACCAUUUCGAGGUGGUGGUAUCCUACGAUUCUCGCGAGCGGCUCUGGACCAAGGAAAGAUGGCU